GAAAUUUCACACGCCCAAUCAUCUCUCUCGCUCUCCAUUGCGUUAAAAUCUCACUAUUAUUUAUCGAACUAAACUAAAAAUUUUCUCCAAAAACCCUCCAAAUUCCAAUCUUUAAAUUAAAACCCAACUUCCCCCAUUGUUCUCCAUCUCUUUCUCUUUUAUCAUUUGCGAUCUUUUCUUUUAAUUUUAUUCAGUUCUAGGGUUUGGUUUAUUUAUUUAAUUGAAAAUUGAAAAACCCUAGGUUUUUUUUUUCUUUUCCUUUUUUCUUUUUGGGUCUGCUUUUUGCAGAUAGAGAAAGUGAGAGAGUUGGUGUAGUGUCGGGCAUUCUGAUUCAAUGGAGGCAGCGGCCGCUGUUGCCGCCGCACGGGGCGGUGCGCUCCCAAUGUCGUCAUCGUCGCGUAAGGAGUGGCGUGCCGUUUCGGACCAUCACCUGGUUCGUAACCAUGGGGAUGAAGUGGUAGUUUCAUUUUUGAUGAAUAUCUUCGCUUUUUGGUAUUAUUUGAGUUCUGAGAGAAUGUUGGAUUCAGAACGAAAAUUCCUCUUGUUUGGCUCCUAUGAACAAGAAAUGGACAGAUCAAAGUUGGGACAAUCAGACGAGAGAACCAUAUAUGAGGUGCAGCAUGGAAGAGAGCCUGCUGAUGUUGACUUCUGCUCAAUCACGGCUGAUGAAAGUUUAGAUGAUGAUGUAUUACAACAGAGGAUCCACAAUAUUACUAGACAAAGAGAGGAGCUAUUGCAGAUGGAGGUUGAACUCCGAGCACAGGCAAUUGCAAGAUCAAGGGUCCUGGAAAUUCAGAGCAGCUGUGAUUCAAAAAUAACAGCCCACGUCAAUGCUGUUGCCAAGCUUGAGGAGCAACUCGAUGAAAGAGAACAGACCAUACAUGAAUUCGAAAGGAAAAUGGAGGAGAAAGACAGAGAGUUGCAUGCCAUCAAAGUUGAUAAAGAAGAGGUCUGGGCAAAGGAAGAUCUUCUCAGAGAGCAAAACAAGGAACUGGCUACUUUCAGAAGAGAACGUGAUCAUUCAGAAGCUGAGAGAGCUCAACACAUAAAACAGAUACAUGAUCUUCAAGAGCAUGUUCAAGAUAAAGAGAGGCAGCUUAUUGACUUGCAGGAACAGUAUAGGGCUGCUCAAGAAGCUAUUCUUUAUAAGGAUGAACAGUUGAGAGAUGCCCAAACUUGGAUUUCACGUGUCCAGGAGAUGGAUGCGUUGCAGUCAAGUACAAACCACUCCUUACAGGCUGAGUUGAGAGAACGUACAGAGCAAUAUAACCAGCUCUGGCAUGGAUGUCAGAGACAGUUUGCAGAGAUGGAGAGACUUCAUUUGCAUACAAUACAUCAACUUCAACUUGAGCUGGCUGAUGUGAGAGAGAGGAAUGGUUCUUAUACUGAUGGAUCACAUAUGUCCCAAACAAAAUCAAAAGAUCUUUCUCAAUUUGGUCAAACUAAUGGAAAACAGGUGGAUUCUAAUGGAAGUGGCGCAACAAAUGCUAAUACUGGGAUUAUUUCUAAUGGGCCUUCAGACAAUGUGCAAACUUUUGUUUCACCUGGAAAUGCAUCAAAUCCGAAUCAGAAUGACCAUGUUCCAAGUGUUCCAAUUGCUCCACUUGGGUUGCCUACAUACCUCCCACCUGGGCAGGUGUCUGCUCUGCAUCCAUUUAUCAUGCAUCAACAGGGAGCUCCCCAUUCUGUGACAUCUCAUGUUGGGCACUACUCAAUGCCAGAUACAGCAUCCAUCCAACAGUGGCAGAACCAGCUGACUUCCCCAGAGGGUUUACAGCUGUCUGCACAGAAUCAUAUUCCACCACCCCAAACUGAUCAAAAGCUUGGGGGCUCAGAUGUAAAGUAUGAAUAUGACUUGUCUGUCAAUGGACAAGCCAUUCGUUCAGACUAUCUGGAUCAUAUAAACCAAGGGGCAGAGCCCAAUUCUGUGAUAUCAUCAUCUUCUGGGAAAGCUCAGGUUGAUGAGUCAAUUAAUGCAAGUUACCUUGUGGACUCCCAACCUGAGCCAACCAUGCCGCAGGUCUCUUCACAAUUUCAUGAUGCUUUAAGAUUGAGCUCUGAACCCAAGGAACAAAAUAUUCUGAAUAUGAAUAAUCAUGUGCAAGAGGAUCAAAUCCCAACAGCAGAGGAAACAAGUACUGCAGCUGCUGCUGCUAGUCCAUCUCAUGAUACUUCAGUGCAUUCUGUUAAUUUCUGUGAAACGACAAUGAAAAAUGGAACUGGUGAUAUUUUUCCCGAAAAGCUGGUCUCAACUGGCCAGACUAAUAACCUGAUAUCAGCUAAGACUUCAGAGACAGCUCUGCUUGAUGAGAGGUCUUUGUUGGCUUGCAUUGUUCGCACGAUUCCAACUGGUGGAAAAAUUCGGAUCAGUUCCACGCUACCAAAUAGGUUGGGGAAAAUGCUUGCACCUUUACACUGGCAUGAUUACAAGAAGAAGUAUGGAAAGCUGGAUGACUUUGUAGCCAGUCACCCUGCGUUGUUUCUGAUUGAGGGCGAUUAUAUUCAGCUUCGAGAGGGAGCACAAGAAAUGAUAGCAGCCACUGCUGCUGUUGCUAAAGUUGCUGCAGCAGCUGCAGCCUCAUCUCCUUACUCCUCGAUUUUGCCUUCUGUUGCUGUUACUCCAAUGGCACAACCUAACCGACUAAAGAAGGGUCUCCCAACAGCUGACUCCAACCAUGCGAAGAAUGAGAAUGCUGCUUUCAAGGGGUAUGCAGUUAUCUCCAAAACUGCAGCUGGUGAUCAUUCACAGCUGUCAGGAAUGCAGAAUCAACAUCCCAAUGGUGUUUCUUUUGGAGUGGCUGGAAAUCUCUCAAAUGUAAAAAUAUUGAGCAAAUCUAAUGGAGCAAAUUCUGAGAUAUCAAGUCUGACAAAUGUUGAAAGCAAGGCCUCUGGUCAGGGAAGGUCUAAUUCUAAUUUUGCUGGAAAACAGCAGGGCAGGGCAACUGGGGCAGCUUUGUCUUCUAGAAGAUAGUGAAUGCAUUGGCCUUACUCGGAGUUGUUUGACUGUGUGAGAUAUGGAUAAUAUGUUAAUGCACGAAGCAGUUCCAGAAUUGUAGUAGUUUAUGGCAGUUAUCUCAACGUUGAAGAUUUACCAACUUGAUUUUGUUUGUGGCAGGAUUCACUGAAUUGCAAUGCUAAGUUGUGGGAUACGCAUGAUGUGGUUUGGAAGCGUCUUGGGAUAUGAUUUGUAGUGAAAUGUAUCUCUUGAUUAUGGUCAUCAGUAAUCUUUUGCAUCUGAGAAAAUUCUGUGAUUGGAUGGAUCACAUAAGUUCACUAUUUAAAUAGUUUUGUGCCAUAUGGCCUGUUUGUUUUCCCUAAAA